GUUUCCCAGGAGGACACCCGAGCUCAAUUCCUCAUCCCCGGGGGUUCCUUGGGCCGCAACCGAGCCGAAGCCUCGCUGGAGCGGGCGCAGAACCUCAACCCCAUGGUGGACGUCAAAGCCGACGCCGAGAGCGUGGAGAGCAAACCCGAGGAGUUCUUCACCCAGUUCGACGCCGUCUGCCUGACCUGCUGCUCCCGGGAUGUCAUGGUGCGAAUCGAUCAAAUUUGCCACCAAAACGGCGUCAAGUUCUUCACCGGCGACGUUUUUGGCUACCACGGUUACAUGUUUGCCGACCUCGGGGAGCACGAAUUCGUGGAAGAGAAAACCAAAAUCACCAAAGUCAACCCCGGUGUGGAAGACGGGCCGGACGCCAAAAAAGCCAAACUCGACCCGGCGGAGACCACCAUGGUGAAAAAG